ACUACUGUAACCUGCAUUGUGUUUAUUUACGUUUUUCGUUUUCACGCGCGUGGUGGAAGUUCAAACCUUCCUUGCCAAUUGUAGAUACAUGUACAUGCAGUUAGAGAGUCAAGAGUGAAGUUCAUCGUUUUGCAUCUUGUUUGUUGAACACCGAGAUUGGAAACAUUCGAAUAUAAAACACUGGAACAUACAAUCAUCGCUGGCUCCCUCAGUGACACAAUUCCACCAAAAAAGGAGAAAGGUGUUUUGUUAGCUUGACAACUAGAGUGCUUGAACUUGGAGUUUGUUCCUACAACAUGCCUCUAUCGUCCGUCCUCCUCUAUGCCGCCCGCCAUAGCACCAAACUUACCGCUCUUCCAACCGCGGCAAAAUGCUUACCGCGUCGUGCUGCUUUGAGUAGUGUUACCGCGUUAAAUACCACACCAGAAAGAAACACCGUUGAUCUCUCGCAGCAAUCCAUUGUAUUACCGGGACCUGAGCGAAUCCGUGUAACAUCCUACAUCAAUGAGACUUGUUAUAAACCCAGUCAAUUCUACAGCGAGGUAUCCACGGUGUAUGAUGCCUUCAAAAGAGGCCUGAAAGUAUCAAAUGAUGGUAACUUUUUAGGAGCACGGACCGGUCCUAAUAGAUCAUAUGAAUGGAUGACGUACUCACAGGUGGGGGAGAAAGCUCGACUAUUCGGCUCUGGUCUACUGGCUCAUGGUAACCAACCCGGGUCGUGUGUUGGUAUCUUCUCUCAAAAUAGACCAGAGUGGACUAUAAGCGAUCUUGCUUGCGUUCAUUAUUCACUGGUAUCCGUUCCUCUAUAUAAUAGUCUUGGAUGGGAAUCAUGCAGGUACAUCGUCAACAAAAGUGAGUAAAAAUUAUUCAUCUUCCAAAAACUUCGUUUGUUUCACUGCAGCGUGAUAGCUGGAGAAGAAGUAUGAUAUGAGGUUCGUUGAAAUAUGAACUCACAACUUACCAUUACUAGAAUUAUGUAAUUAUAUGCUAGCAACUCGAAUGUUGUAUGUAACUUUGUAGAUUGAUAUGACAGUAUGUCGAUAUAUUUUCCUGAUGAUGGUGCUCAGAGAGUGACUUAUCAUGAUCUUAAACGAUUAAACGACUUGCGAGUUUACGAUUGAGCAUCAAGAUCGAGGAAAUAUCUCGACGCUGUGCGCAGAUCGUCGUAGAUGGCGUACUAUCGUUGAUCACUUCAGCUCUCGAUUGAAUCAGACCAGAAAAUACACUGAUAGUAUUUCGGUAUUGAUGAAUACGUCAUGGUUUAUUUUUAGGUUUGUGACAUAGUUUACAAAUCCAUUGAUACUCCAUGUUUGCUUGUAUACUGAAUAGCGGACUUGGAGAAGAAUUGCAAGUAUGAGGAAAUUGAAUGGUCUACACUGAGCAGCCCAUGGAAUAAUAAAAUAGAUCUAUCUCUACCUAUGCAUGCUUUUCCUCUUUAUCCUACUAUGUAGGCUACAUAAUCAUACUUAUCUGAUUUUUUUUUUCAGGUUUUUUUUUAAAGAAAAAAAUGACUGUGAGGGGAGAAGUGAAGGCAAAUAAAAAUAGAGAGAGAGAGAGAGAGAGAGAGGAAACAUGGUAAAUACGGUCCGGGGCUAUCAACUACGUUAUGUUGAAACAUAGGAUCCAUGGUUGAAACAAGCAGAGAAUUCGAAAUUUACCGAAAUUUGAUGUGAAAUAACAGAGAGGCAAUUCUAUAAAAUAAUGAUAAACAUAGAUGCACACAGAUUUAUUAGGAUCGUGGAAUGUGUAUAGCAUUUAAAAAUCUGAGUGAUGACAUCAUUGGCGGCGGAAGGCAAAAAAUUUAGGCCAAAAAAAAAAAAGUUUAUCAACCAAAAUUUUAAGGGGGGGGGGGGACAACAACAAAUUUAGGGGGGACGCAGGAAAAAAAAAUGAAAAGCAAAAAAAAAAAAAAGGUUCUCAACUAAAAAUUUAGGGGGGGGA